GCCGCCGCAGCCGCGGCCGCGCUCGCGGCGGCGCAGCCGCCGCGCCCAGCGCGGGACCUGGGGCCGUUCUCGCGGGCGCACCUGAAACCCUCCCCCUUCAUGUCCGGCGCGGAGGCGGCCGCGGCGGGCGCGGGGGCGGCGUUCCCGGGGCAGCAGCAGCUGCAGCAGCAGCACUACCACCACCCCUUGUUCGGCGCCCCGACGGCGCCGCUGCCGGGCUACUACGGGUCUUUCUGCGCGCCCCCGCCGCCGCCGCCGCCAAAGGGCCUGGCGGCGAUCGAGCUGCUGACCGGGCUCGAGGAGAUUGAUCUGGAAGUCGCAGAGACGGCGCUCCUCGGCCCCGACGCGCCCCCCGACGCGCCGCGCGCGCGCGACGCGCUGCGCACGCUGCCCGCGCUGCGGUCUGUCGCGCUGUGUCUGCACACCGAGCGGCAGGCGUUUGGGCUCGAUGCCUUGGGGCAGGAGCUCGUGGCGUGGCUGACGCCGAUGCCAUCUGGCUGGGGCGACCUGCGUGUCGCGGUCAAGGGGCAGGGCGCGUCCGGCGGGCCCCAAAGCCUCGUGUCUGGCCGCCUCAGCGCGGCGCUGCCGCGCUGCCGGUUCGGCGCGGCGUGA